AUGAGUCUUUGUAGUGAUAACGAUCACGAUUUAAAGACAAUUUUUGAUCAUAUGAAAAACGAAUUAGCAGAUGGUGGAGAAACAAAUCUUCUUUCAUUCGGUCAUGUACUUCGUGAUAUGGGGAAAUAUGAUGAUGCAAAUAAAUAUUAUCAUCGACUACUCAAUGAAUUACCUGAUGAUCAUGAAGAUAUUGAGAGAUGUUAUCAUGCACUUGGAAGAGUAGCUAAAGAGCAAGGUGACUAUGAUUCAAGUCUAAAAUGGCAUCACAAAUCGCUUGAGAUUAUGCAACAAACAUUGAGAUCGGAUCACCCAAAUAUUGCAAAAACUUGCUAUGCUAUUGGAAAUGCUUAUCGAAAGAAAAAUGAUUUCCAACGAGCAUUAGAAUCGUACAAAAAUGCAUUGACAAUUGUAAAGCAAGCUUUCGGAGAAGAUCAUCCAAAAGUAGCCUACGGCUUUGGAAACAUGGGUCUUGUUUAUGAUUUAGAGAAAAAACAUUUAGAAGCACUUGAAUGUCAUCAGCAAGGAUUGACUAUUUUAGAAAAGCAUCUUCCUGCUGAUCAUCCUGAUUUGGGUAAAUCACACAACAAUAUCGGAGAAGCUCAUUAUUCUCUUGGCCACUAUGAUCUUGCACUAGAAAAUUUUCAAUUAGCACUGAAAAUCUUUCACAAAUCUCUUCCACCUCAACAUCCCGCUACCAUACACGUACUCAAUAAUAUGAGUCAUUUUCAUGAUGAUAGAGGUGGUUUUUAA